CAACAGCCAUCAUCGCAGAGUGACAUUCUCUCCAUUCCCUCUGAAUAAAGGUAGUCAGAAAGCGGACCUUUUCGCAAGAUUUGAACUGCAAGGACGCCUGGCCCUACAUCAGACAGGGUACAGUGUCACGCAGCAAACCGACGACGCAGCCUUUAGUUAACGUUAUUUAUUGGUUUUAUACAACAGCGCCAGAUGCUCUGCGUGAACAACACUGAACGGAAACGAAAUGAUAAUAAUCACCGACUACUGCAGGAGACUGCUGCAACUUUUUGUCUCUUUAUAUGUUAUUCUUUAAUAGAUGUCACUGCUGCUUUAAAGCGAACAAUUUAUCCUGCUGAGUUUUGAGACAGUAGAUAACAAUGGUCAGCGCGCCAAUAUUCAUACGGGUUUCUGUUAUAUUUGGACUCAGCUUUUGGCAGUUUAAAAAUGCUUCGAGACAGAAAAGAAAUCUGCACCGAGAAUGCUUUUAGCUCUGCGAUUUAUCGCGCGAACUGAGGCAGGCUACAAGCGCGCGCAUCCCUAAACCUUGCCAAGCGGAGCCUCUCGCCAUCGCGCGUUUUCGCGGCGGACAGAAUUCUGGAAAGACUAACGUGCUGUGCAGUAAUUACCAACAACCGGACAGCGGCGUCUAUACGGGGUAGUCCUGUCAGUUGCGCGACUUGAUAUGGGUUCUGUAACUUGCAUUAAGAGAUUAGCAUAUCUCCUUCUGCUCCUCACCUCCUUUCUCCUAUUGACCUGUUCUGGAGAGAAAACUUGUCCCAACAGCUGCCGCUGCGAGGGUAAAAUUGUCCACUGUGACUCAGCAUCGUUCAUGGAUGUCCCAGAGAACAUUUCAGUGACUUGCCAAGGUUUGUCUCUACGCAACAAUGACCUGCACUCAAUGCUCCCCUACCAGUUUGCUCACCUUAACCAGCUCCUAUGGCUGUACCUGGACCACAAUCAGAUAUCUAUUGUGGACAGUCGAGCUUUCCAAGGCAUACGGCGGCUGAAGGAGUUGAUCUUAAGCACCAACAAGAUUUCACAACUGCAUAACUCAACUUUUCAUGGUGUGCCGAACCUCCGGAGCCUGGAUCUCUCAUACAAUAAACUCCAGGAACUACAGCCAGGCCAGUUCCACAGCCUUCGCAAGCUCCAGAAUCUGCAUUUGCGUGCCAAUGGACUCACAGUGAUUCCAUUACGAGCAUUUAUAGAGUGCAGGAGCUUGGAAUUUCUAGACCUGGGGUAUAAUCGACUGCAUGUUCUCACACGUACCACAUUUCUCGGUUUAUCCCGGCUUAUGGAACUGCAUCUGGAGCAUAAUCAGUUCUCUAGAAUCAACUUCUUUCUCUUUCCACGCCUCGGAAACCUACGGGGGCUGUAUCUCCAGUGGAAUCGUAUUCGAGUGGUUAACCAAGGCCUCCCAUGGAUUUGGCAUACUCUGCAGAAGCUGGACCUCUCUGGUAAUGAGAUCCAGAGUCUGGAUCCUGUGGUUUUUCAGUGCCUACCAAACCUUCAGGUUCUUAACUUGGAGUCUAAUAAACUGGCAAAUGUGUCUCAUGAGACUGUGGCAGCUUGGCUUUCCUUGACUACUAUCAACCUAGCUGGUAAUAUGUGGAACUGUGGACCAGGCAUUUGUUCUCUUGUAGCCUGGCUAAGGAAUUUCCAUGGAACUAAAGACACAAGCAUAAUUUGUAGCAGCCCCAAACAUCUUCAAGGGGAAAAAGUUUUGGAGGCAACAAGAAAUUACAUAUACUGUGAAGAUUUUGAAAUCAUCCCUCAAACACAAGUUUCUGUUCACAGUCUGGUGCCAACCAUGGGAAGUGAACCUGAGCCAACCUUGCCUUCCACCACUGCUCCCCCACCCUUGCCUCCACCUGCCUCUAAAGCACCACUCUCACCACACCUACCUCAACCCCUUCCUCACCCUACCAUCCCCAGCUUCACUGACACUGACACCCGAGGCACACCUCCACCUUCUAACAGCCUGCUCGUGACUCUAUCCCCUGAACAGGAGAACUUAUCAUUCCACAAGGUCAUAGUGGGCGGUGUGGCGCUUUUCUUUUCAACAUCGCUCAUUUUGACGGUGGUCUAUGUCUCUUGCAGACGGUAUACUGGUGCAACCAGGUUGCUGCAGCAGCAUUCGGUCGUAGGACGAAAGCGUCGGAAAAAGAGCCCUGAGCCAGAGCAGAACCUGAGCUCGCAGAUGCAGGAAUAUUACAUGAGCUACAAUCCUGCUGCCACACCAGAAGCCAUGGAUGUGCUAGCCAAUGGGACUAGUACUUGCACCUGUACCAUAUCGGGCUCCAGGGAAUGUGAGAAUGAAUACAUGUGUCCCAGACCACUUCCUCGAGCCUGGAUUGGAGACAUCCCACCCAUUCUAUAGCCAGAAUGUUUUAAUCUCCAAUGAAUUAUGAACAGGCAACAGGGUUCCUAAUUACAUUCUCUCCAUUGCAUCAGCUCAUGGCCCACGGUGCCAUUUUCUUUCUUAUUAUUUGCCUUGCUGUCACAUGUGGAAACUUUUCCACCAUGGACAUGCGAAAAGGAGAGCUGAAAGACAGCAGGGAUGGUUUCAGUGGCCCAUAAUGUGCAUUUUUUUCUUACACAGUUUUGUUCUAGAUGCAUCACUUUUUUUCGGCGUUUUGUAUAGACAGCUCUUAGUCUUUUCCCAAGUCUUGUUUGGUGAGUGAUCACACAGGAACACAAUGAACAAUUCUAUACUAAAUCUGUGGACAACAAAACAUUCUAAACAACAGAGGAAUUGAAGUGCUGUGGAUAUAAUGAAAUGAUCUCCAACAUGAAGCUGCAUCUGGGAGACAACCACUGACUUGGCAAGUCAAAUGUUACCUUUAUCCCAUUUCUAGACUUAUCUUGUUAUUUAAUGCUCUUGUGUAUCAGAGCUAUUCAUUCUCCAAAUGACUUUGUGUAAGCCCCUUAUCUUUGCUGCCUAAACUAGAUUUCCUAACAUUGAGGUCUGUUUAUUUUCUGCAUUUCUCUCUCUGUAUGUGCAGUGUAAUUUGAGGUUAGUUUAUUGUUUACAUAACCUUCUAGCUACUGGCUCAGCAUUAACAGAGGUCUUAAACAUGGAUGCUUUAAACACUGACUCUGCGAAACCAUCGUGCGUCCCUGUAUAUACUCACGUAUGUUUGGGAGGAGUGAUAAAAGAUGUGCAUGAUGUUAGGAUGUCAACGCUGUUUAUGAUGACAUAUAUGGUAUAUUGUUUGUAUUUUCUGUUUAUUUUAUGAAAUGUAUUUGUGUAUAUGAGGGCUUAGAAUAUUUGUGUGUGUGUGUGUGUGUGUGUGUGUGUGCGUAUGUAUUUGCUUGAGAUUUUACCAUAAGCUUAGCUUGUCACUAAAACUUUGCCAUUUCUAUUCAAGCACUUCUAAUUUAAUAAUUAAAUUUUGCUAUGAACUGUAUUG